AUAAAAGACCUUGAUAAAGAGUACAAACCAGAACUGUUUAGCAUCCCGAAACAGUAUGAAAGAUAUGUGGAGAGUGUCAUUGUCCCAUAUGGGCUCAUCAAAGAUAGGGUUGAACGGCUGGCAGAAGAUAUAAUAAAAAUCUACAAAGAUAAAGAUGAACUAGUGUGUGUCUGCAUUUUGAAAGGGGCAUUUCGUUUCUACUGUGACCUCGUUCACAACCUAAGGCAGGCCAUUAGGCAUUCAUCUAAAGAGCUAGCAAUCAUAUUCGAAUUUCUGCAGCUUAGUAGCUAUGAGAAUGUGAACUCAACUGGAAAAUUAAACUUUGUAACGAUGAAGACCAUCUUUAAUAACUUCAGAGGGAGAAAUGUCCUCAUAAUCGAAGACAUCAUAGAUACCGGUUUCACGAUGAAGGAGUUAUUAAACUCAUUAAAAGAAUACAAUUGCAAAUCUGUCAAUACUGUCUCGUUAAAGCUGAAAAUAAUACCUAUGUGUAUUGAUGAAUUUUGUUUAAUUGUUCACACACCCAUAGUUGCUGGCUUUGUGAUACCGGAUAGGUUUAUCAUAGGAUACGGUGCCGACUAUAACGACUAUUUCAGGGAUUUAGAUCACAUAUGCAUCAUAAAUGAAUUGGGCAAGGAAGAAUUGAAAAAGGUCAAAGCUUGA